CCACUAACGGGGCAGCACUAGGACCACGCGGAAAGAAGCAACGUUUCCCUUCAGUUAUUUGGCAUUGGCGACCCUCAGUUUUGCACUUAAGCAGUCCUCGUUCAGCUGAGAGUAAAAGAUGCUGUCUCGUGUUGUGAUAUACUUGAAGGGGAGUUAACAUAAACGCAUAUAGGCUUAUAGGAAUUGUGUCGAUUUUUGAGGGGACCUGUCACGCGCUCUUCACCAAAGACCUUCGCGGACGAGAUGGGAGAUAAUGGGAUGCCCGGCGAAGGAGAGGAAACUGUGAUUUGUAUUUAAAGAAACCUUCUUCAUUAUUAACACAUCUUAAAGUUAAUGCACAUCUCAGCCAUGGUGCCUAAUCGGAGAUUGGGUCUGGCCCAUCCUUGUUGUAUUAGUCUGCUUUUCUUACUUCUGCUGCCCAGCUCAGUUUCAGUAAGAGAACCUCCUCACCAUCCUCACGCCCAUCUCCCCUCGGUGAUACCUCACGCCACCCUACCGCUGUCGCGCUCCCACUUCAGCGCCAAAGCUCAGCUGGAUCUCACAACUCACUGCAAUGAGAGCUGCUACCAUAAAAGAGAAGACACAGCUAAAGAGCAACUAACAGAGCAACUAGCCUUCGAAACGCUUUAUGCGGACGGCUCCCGUACCUUAACCACUGUUGACUUGGCUGAAAGUGAAAAUGACAGCCCUGUUAGCGCUGAACUUCCUUUCGGGCCACCCAAAGUUACAGGCCCACGACGUAAGCGGCUAAAACGGCAGAUCUAUGGUUCCGAUGGACGCUUUAAUAUUCGCGGUGACCACUUCCUGCUGGACUAUCCGUUCUCCACGGCCGUUCGCAUCUCGACCGGUUGCACUGGAGUUCUGGUUUCUCGCCAGCACGUCCUAACUGCGGCCCACUGCGUGCAUGAUGGGAAGGAUUACGUUAAAGGAGCAAGAAAACUAAGGGUGGGCUUUUUAAUCCCUCCUUUCUUAAACAACACGAGGUCAGGUCAGGCUCCUGUGAAGAAACCUUUGGUGCGCUGGGUAAGAGUGAAACGGACCCGGGUGCCUAAAGGUUGGAUUCAAGGCCCACCAGAGGUCAGCAUGGAUUUUGACUAUGCGCUUCUAGAGUUGCGUUGGCCUCACAAGCGGCCUUUCAUGCGAUUGGCUGUGGCACCCUCCUCAGACGAUUUGGCUGGUAAACGCAUCCACUUCUCUGGAUUUGAUAGCGACCGGCCCGGAGAGCUCGUGUACCGCUUUUGUCCAGUGGAGGAUGAGUCCAACGAUCUAAUCUACCAGCACUGCGACGCUCGACCGGGUGCAAGUGGAUCUGGCGUUUACGGUCGCUUGUGGGAUAACACUUUAGACCGAUGGGAGCGUAAAGUCAUCGGGGUCUUCUCCGGACACCAGUGGCUGGAAAUCAACGGCGAGAAUCGUGACUACAAUGUGGCUGUUCGCUUUACGCCGCUUAAGUUUGCUCAGAUCUGUUACUGGGUUCAUGGAAAUAAGGUUGAUUGUAGUCAGGACUGAAUGAUUCAGAUGAGGACAGAAAGACUGAGAACGGUACAUGAAUGGACAAAAUAUGACGUACCUGAUUUUUGUAACCUGCACUUUACGGUCAGUCUUUGUAUUGGGUGUGGCUACUGAAUUUGAUACGAGUGCAUUGCUUGUAGAUCACUACCCACAGGUUUUUUUCACAUGGGCUGAGCUGGAACUAUUUAACCACUAUCUGUACUUUUUCAUCAGUAUGCUGCCAAUGAUACACACAGUUUUAAACUCCAGGCCAACAAACAGUAGAUUUAUCUCAACAGCCUUGCUUUGCUUAAGUUACACAUUACUGCCUCUUACUGUUUGCACUUUUAAAGCUUAGAUCUAGGAUGGAGCUAGGUUACAUAAGUCUGGGAUACUUACCAUCUCAUCUCAUCAUGACUAAUCCUUUGGUCUUUGUUUUUGUUAACACAAGAGUAACAUAGAAAAGAGUCAAAAGGGGUUAAACUUCCUGCCUGUCUUCUACUGAACAUCUGUUUGGUCUCUUGAAUAUAUAUUAUGUUUGGAUGCAAAAUAACAUCAGAUGAUCGACUUCAAUACAAACAAUGUAAUCUGUAAUCGAUCCAUGACUAUAUUUUAGUCUUUGACAGUUGCAAAUCAACUCAAAACAAUUACAAUAUCUACUGGGAAAUCUCCACCCCUUUUCUUUCUUUUGAAUGCACGUUUACUAAGAAAAAGGUUGUGGGGUAAAUGUUAAAUAUAUUUCUAUUUUAUAGAAGCUUUUAUUUUAAUAAACUAAACAUGUCUGUU